GGGCCCUGCCGAGAAGUGCAGGGUCGAGGUCAGAUGUCCAGGGCCUGUCACUGUCGCUGCCGUCGCCAUGCUGACCCCCAGGACGGCAUCCCUCUUGACUCUGCUCCUGGCCGUCGGCUCCUUGGGUCAGAGGGCUCAGAGACCCCCUCGGCCCCCGUCCCCCAUCAGCACCAUCCAGCCCAAGGCCAACUUUGACACUCAGCAGUUUUCAGGGACCUGGUUCCUUGUGGCCGUGGCCUCCUCGUGCCGCUCCCUGCAGGAGCAGGGCCACCGGGCUGAGGCCACCACACUGCAUGUGACUCCUCAGGGUGCAGCCAUGGCUGUCAGCACCUUCCGAAAGCUGGAUGGGAUCUGCUGGCAGGUGCGGCAGCUCUACGGUGACACGGGGCUCCCAGGUCGCUUCCUGCUCCAAGCCCGAGGCGCCCGAGGGGCGGUGGACGUGGUCGUUGGGGAGACGGACUACCGGGGCUUCGCCAUCGUGUACCUGGAGCGGGCGCGGCAGCUGUCGGUGAAGCUGUACGCCCGCUCGCUCCCCGUGAGCGAAUCAUUCCUGAGUGUGUUUGAGCAGCGGGUCCAGGGUGCCAACCUGACCGAGGACCACAUCCUGUUCUUCCCCAAGUAUGGUUUCUGCGAGGCCGCGGACCAGUUUCACGUCCUGGACGAAGCGAAGAGGUGAGGCCGGCGGCAGCCCUGCACCGAGAAGCAGCCAAGGCCCUGGAGGUGGCGGCAACCGCCGCCCCCCUUGCUGAGUGGGGACUCUCUCCCGUCCGCCCCCGAAGCUGCGCCUCACCCCCAGGAGCUCGGGGCGCUGCCUUCAUUAAACGCUGUCAGUCUCA